UAUAUGGUAACACCUGCUGUGUUUGGAUUGGCGAUUAGUGUAAUCAAAAGCAGUUCGGAUGCGUUGAAAUGCUCAAAUACCUCCAUUUACUAAUAGGAUUACAAAGCUGGAUUAUUUGGUGCUGAGAAAACCGCUUCGGAUUUGUUGAUGAUAAUAUGGAAGAUGAUGGUGCCGUUUUCAUAGGACCCGAAAACGGCCAUAUAUAAUGGAGAUAUCAGAAUCAACGAAAAUAGUGUUUUUUGUAAGUCGCAUUUUUGGGCUUGCUCCGUAUGUGGUGAAACGAACAUCCAAAGGACAAAUUGUGGAUUACAAGCGAAAUCUGUUCCUGGUGAUUUACGGUUUGUGUGUCGUGUUUUGUUUAGCUGGAUUGACAUUUAAAGGGAUAUUCUUCGAUAUCAAUUCGAAAAAACCGAUACGAAUGAAGACGGCAACCUCUAAGGUGGUGACUACUCUAGAUGUGUCCGUUGUGGUAUCAGCCUGCAUAUGUGGAGUGUUUUGUGGCAUAUAUGGACUUCAGUUCGUCAGAGAACUCAAUCAACGAUUGAAUGAGGCAGACGAUAUGCUUUCGAUGUACGUUGAUGCUGGAAAGCAAGAUAGGAAGAAACGAAAAGGUCUCACGAUGCUGGCCCUGGUUGGUAUCAUCAUAACAGGUGCUUUGGCUCUUGACAUCUGGGUCUGGUAUCGUAUAGCUGACAAAAUAAAAAAGGAAAAUCAGGACUCAAGUGCAAAUGUGUUGGGUUACUGCCCCUUCUACGCUCUCUACUAUAUUUUGAUGAUGUUCCACGUCUUGUUUGCACAAUCAGCACUGGGGAUAAGCAACCGAGUACGACGACUCAACGUGGCACUGUAUCACGUUUUUCCUGAAUUCAAUAAAAUUCCCAUAAUUGAAAUAACAUCGGUGUCCUCCACCAACAAUGUCUCGGAAAAGCAGGAAAACAUAGCAGAACAGAAAAGGGGGUUAACCACAAUUUCCCAUGCAAUCAGUCAUUCUCGGCCAACGAUAUCAGCCAACAGGGUGAUUGAGGAUUUGGCUUAUAUUCAUGCAUCGUUAUCGACCGGAGUGAUCUUGGUUUCGAAUACAUUCGGUGUAGCUUUGUUGGCUGUGUUGGGAUCAUGUCUGCUUCAUUUGGUUGCCACUUCAUAUUUUCUGAUGGUGGAACUCGUAGGCGAUAAAGAUGCCGUGUUUUCAUGGAUUCAGGCUUUGUGGUUGUUCAUCCACAGUUUUCGAUUUCUACUAACGGUGGAACCAUGUCAUAUUACUAAUGUUGAGUUGAAACGGACAAUGACCAUCGUUUGCAACCUGAUGCGAACGUGCAAGGACUCAUCAGCCAAGGAUCGAUUGGAAGGGUUCUGGCGCCAACUUGUUGGAAAUAAUUCCGUGUUCACUGCGUGUGGCCUUUGCACAAUUGACAGGCAUAUUAUUACAUCGUACUGUGGAGCCAUCACAACAUAUCUAGUGAUUUUAAUACAAUUCAAGGAAGCUGAUGAUAAACCGGUGAGAACGGUGCAGCGGUCUCUAUGAAUUCAAAAUCAACUACGUUUACGAACAAGGACAUUGAAUAAAUCAUGGUUAUCGCUUUCAAAUGUUGCGUGCAUGCGUUUCCACAUUAUAAUUUAGAAACUUUUGUCCGAGUACAAGCGCCGCUAGUUUGCCACAUAAUCAACCACGAUAGCUUUAAGGAGGAAAACUUUAUCCUGGGCUCUUUAAAAGUAGGAGAAAUUUAACAUUUUUGUUGCUAGGUCAACAAAAAGAUAGCAGAUAAAUUCUUAGAUGUUGUGUAUGCUGGUAGUGUUAAAGAACACAAGCAAAUCUUUACAUCUAGGUUUCGGUGCAAAACUUUUUCUUAUAUGUCAGCGGCCGAAUCUUAGCGUGCAGAGCAAUUGUAAAAAUAGUACAAUUCACCGUGUUAUAGUUUGUUCGUAGAGGUUGUUGUUCUUAUGAUUGCGCAUCCACAGGAGUAUACCGUUCAGUGAUUAUUUCACCUAUAAGUGAUAUACAAAGUUUAUUUUCCGAACUAAUUAAGAUAGAGACUUUGUGUCUUCGGCAAAGUUGUAGCAAAUGUUACUACAAAAGUAAUUGCUGAAGACAUAUAUCUAGCUUCAAUAGUUUACAAGUUAUGGAACAUAUUGUAUGGAAGACCCCUUAAAAUUAGUUUUUUCGUGAUAACUUUUUUAGACAUUCUCCUAUCUUCUUAGAAUUUUCCACAAAGUUGUUGAAUUUAAAAAGAUAUUCCAAAUUUUACGAUAUUUUUUGGGUAACUUACACCUUAAAUAACUCGUUAAGGAGUAAAAAGGAGCAAACAACAUCAUAACAUACUGAAAGUACUAGCUUUUUUACUUUUAUAUAGUCGCCCGAUUGUUAGUCGACACGAUUCUCCCCGAGUGUUAUGUUCAAAACAAUAUCCCAUCGCAGUGGUAAAAAAUGAAAUGUUCAAGCGCACUGCGAUAAGUAGCUUCUUUUCAUGGUAAAUUGCAUAAAACAUAUUCAUAGAUGUUCAAAAAAGGAAAAGGGAACUUUGACCACAAUCAAGAUCAAAGUACGAAACGUAGCAUAUCGUGCGUUCGAGAAGUGUGUCACGUGAAAUUUAAACAAUCAGUGGAUACUGGUAAGCUUGAAAAAACGAUGGAAAUCCCACCAGAAAGUUUAUUAAUGUCUUUCGUGACAUUUAUAAUGGAGCUUGAUUAACGUCACCGGUUCACAAUGUGGAUCCUGUCGUGACUGAAGCUCGGGGAUGGCUAAAAAAGUAUAAAACGAUUUUUAGAAGACGCCAAAGCUCUUCUAGUGGAGGAAGAAAGCUUUGAAGA